UCGUCGUCAACAGCCGUCAAACAAGAUUACAACGAGUACAUGUGGACUAUGCGAAAGGAGUUCCACGAUCCAGAACCGUACGUGUGCGAUACUUCAUCCAACAUUGUGGAACGGGACAAUCUGACCAACAGCGGUCGCGAGUGUUGUACGACGAUCGAUUUGAAGCCCACCAACGGAGUUGCUGUAAGAAAGAGCGAUGUCAUCGUCCCACGGCCAGCACGGCGAUCAUCAGUGCAAUUGUUCAAAAACGGUGAUUGCAACGCAAUCGUUAGAUGAGCUGGAGUUUGAGCGUGGAAUAUGGUCUGCUGCAAUCGAUAAUGAUGAACAUAAAUUGAGAUCACUUAUUGGGAAGGGUCAUUUAUUUGAUAGGGAUAGUUCAGGAUAUACUGCAUUACACUACGCUGCACGAAGUGGUCACGUCCUAAUGUGCCGCAUUUUGCUGGACAGUGGUAUUGGUGUGGACGAAACUACGCAUGGGGGUGCCACGGCACUUCACAGGGCUGCAAUGAUGGGUCAUCAACAAAUAAUCGACCUUCUAUUGGCACGAAAAGCCGAUCCUCUACUGCAGGACAGUGACGGAAAAACGGCACUGCACCGAGCAGCUGAACGGGGUCACCUUGAAGUCUGUUCCACCUUGAUCCGGCAAAAUGAUACGGCAGCAACGAUACGCGACCACAAAGGAAACACACCAACCGAUUCUAUCGAUCUACAUUCACCACAUUAUGCAAAAUUGAAAACUCUCUUAAGUGAAACAGCAAACCAAGGCAGCAGAUCACUCCAGUGCUCAUAGCAUGGUAUAACGUUGGGAUUUUCGGUCUUCCUGUAACUUUACUUCGUAGGAUAUGUCCUCAUCUGUUGAAGAAUGUUCAAAAUAAAUUUGCGCAAAAUUGAACGGAUAUAUUUUUUAGGACGGACGGGUCUUUUUCAGGUUUUGUACUGCAGCAAAGCAUUAGCACCACUAACAAAUUAAAUGACGCAUAAACAGUUUUGUGAUAAAUAUCUGAAAUGAUGUAUUCUAAUAAUAGUGAAUUUUAUUACGUUGCUUGAUGGUUUUCGUGAUGUAAUAGUUUGUCAUUUAAGUAUUAUUGUUCAGUGUCAUUCAGUUUCUUAGCCAGUCAGCGCAUAAAUUUUUUUUGUUUAUAUGAUGAUUUUCAAAUUGUGAACCUUAUGUUUUAUCACAAUGGAUAUAUGAUUAUUCAAUAUUUUAUCUAGCUUUAAGUAAUUGUUUUACAAAGCUAGGUAUGCAUUGUAGAUGUAGUUUUAGCUGUAAUGUGUCUGCACAUAUUUGAUUUAAAGCGUAUGGAAAUAAAUAUAUGUGUACUAUAAAAAAA